AUGGACCAAAAUAACAGCAGAAGGAUCAUUUCCCUUUUGGAGAAGGCGAAUGACGAAAAAUGGAGCGACGUGGACUUGUACGGCGAACUGUCAUCCCUGGGUGGGGGGAACCUGCAGAUCCAGGAGGACCUCUCGUUAUCUAAAAUGGUCCUAGACGAUCAGAAGUGUGUUCGAAUUUUUUUCAAUUUUCUGAUGAACACGCUGCAGAAGUUGAUACUGAAAGGUUCCACGGGAUGCCUAAAUGAUUGCAAAGCAUGUGUAAACAUGUGCCUUAUGCUCCUCCCAGUCUUACAGUAUAACUGCCACAAAAAGGAGGUUUUCGAUUUACUUUGGAGAGAAAAUCGUGUUGAGUGCCCCCUCCAGCCCAUGUACGCAUGCACGAGCAAUGUGCUGAUUCUGCACCUGUACAACUUUUUCCUUCUCGCGUUGUUCACGGAAGGUAUAUGCAUUGGGGGGGGAGAAGAGAAAAGAGGCGACUCCACUUCCGUAGCAGACCACGCGAAAGGUGCGAACCGUGCUGACAAUGCGGACGACGUGGAGGACGCCCAGAAACCGAAGGAGAUCUCCCUGGCUGUAAACACAGUCGAUGUAAGAAAACUCUGGCUGCACAAAUUCUCCAUUAAUCAGAGGGUCAAAUAUACGAGGGGAGAAGGAGAGCUAGGAAGCGAAAAGUGUAAACAUGGUGGUGAGCAUGUGGGUGGAAAAGAAGAAGGAAGUCCCCCACUGGUUGCAAAGAAAGACGAACGUGGUAGCAAUAGCUGCUUCGACCAUGGAAGGCACGGCAAACGGGCCCCUAACCGGUCAGACGUCAGCGACAGCGAGAAUACUACUACAAUCUCACCUGGAGAGGCGAACCCAAGUUAUGAAAUAUCGAACGGGGAAGAAAUCUGCCUGAAAUGUCACCAGUCAAGCGAGAUGACCACGACUCAUUUGAAGAGGAACCCAAGCAGGGUCGAUGUAGCACCCACAAACAGUAACGAUAUCGACCUGGAAUUAAUAAAAAACAGAAGUGCCAUCUUAAAGUGCCUCCUAAUCCUGUUAAGCUCGUAUGUAUAUUUUGACCAAGGGAAAUACCUAAAAGAGAAAAAUUUCUUCCUUUUCCUCUUUACAAGUGGGGAGGUUUACUACACGGCCAAUUUUUUUUUCUCCCUUUUGUCCGUCAUAUAUGAUAAUGAAUUUAAUUAUUUUAGUUUUUACUUUUAUGAUAACACCUAUUUGGAGUUUUACAAUUUGUGCAUUCACCUUUUGAACUUGCUGAUUGAUUUUAAUCCGUUCGUUCUGGAGGACGACAAGAGAGUGCACUACGUGAGUGAAGCGGCGAGGUACUUCUACAGCGUCGGAAACGGGCCACAAGAACACAAAGAAGAAGCACACAUAGGAAAAACACACAUAGAAGAAGCACACAUUGGAAAAACACACAUAGAAGAAGCACACAUUGGAGAAGUACACGGAGACGGCGCCCCUCUCCCAAGUAGCAGCAACAGCCAGUCUCUAAACCACAGCCAAAAUGAACCAAUAAAGUGGGACGACACGCUGGUAACGCAUGGCGACAGCGGCGAGGAGGAAAAGUCAGACACGGAUAAAAGCACAAAGGGGGAGGAACACCCGCUCGACAGGGACGAACAAAGAAGCCACGAAAUGGUAGCGAAUUUACAUGCCGAUUUUGUCAUCCUUGAUGAUUCCACGGAGGGGUCAUGCAACUUAUCAAACACGUCCACAGACACGGGACAAAAUGGCUACCUGAACAAUACUGAAAAAAAAAAAAAAAAAAAAAAAAAAUUCCCACAAUUGGAGCACCUUAUGAAGAAGCGAAAAUUUUACUUAAACGAAAUUAAUCGAGAGGGGAAAAACACAAACAAGGACUAUUACUACGAUUACUUAAAAAAGCAAAAGGAGUCCAAAAAACUGCGCUCCAAUAAUGUGUACCUAGGUAUGCUGCGUAACCUGGACAUAAGCGAUAUUUCGUACAUUUACAAAGGAGCGUUAAACAUACUGAUAAGUUACAAGCUGUACUACGAACAUUAUGAGGAGCAGGUUUUGUUUCUUCAUAAUUAUCUGUGCCUGCUGUGGCACUUGAUGGAUAAUAAUCGACUGUUUAUUAGGCACAUGAAACACCACAAUAGCAACUUGUUCCUCUUUUACAUUCUGUACAUACUGGUCUGCUUUAAUCACCGUCGGAAGCGAGAGAUGCAGGCUCUGGCCGAUCUGCGCAAACGCGAAAAGGCGAUCGGUAGCAGCAUUAGCGCCACCGCGGACAUCGCCGCAGAGAAACCCGCAGACACGGCCACCGAUACCACCACUAACAUCGCCACCCCUGCGAGUGCUUCGAAUCAUGCCAACACAAAUAGUUACGACGAGCAGCCGCACCUCUACCACAACGGCAUCUUCAACCAGUCGGGAAAGUGCGACGAGUUCAACCUGCGCAAAAUAGACGGCCUGAUUUACAUUUGCCUUUUCAUAAUCCUGAAGGUGUCAUCCAACGCGACCAUUUGCAGAAAUCUCAACCAAAAGUACGACCAGAAAAUUAAGGUGAAGUUCCCACUAAGAAACGUUUACCAGUUUGACUCCUACGUGGACUUCCUAGUGUACGCCUUAUGCAUGCUGAUCAAUGACAACAUUUUUUUUCUAAAGUUCGAGCGAAUUAUCGAUAUGUCCAUUACCAUCCUGACGAAUGUCAGCGUCUACAUCAACUCCAUGAACACCUAUUCCUGCGAGAGCAUAAUUAAUAUUUUAAAAAAAGUUUUAAAAAAGGAAUGGCUCCUCUCAUCCCAACAUCAUUAUUAUUCACUUUUUCUUAUGCUGGAUUUUAUAAACAACAUCCUAUCGCACAACUUAAAUGAUAACUACAAUUUGAUUUACAUGAUCAUAAAGAACAAGGACGUCUUUUUCUCCAUUCACAACUUGGACCAUAUGUUAAAGGAUAACUACCUCUCUGUCUCCACCCCACCCCCCAGUGAGUAG